AGAAUGCACGAGACGCAAGAUCAGAUGUUCUCAAGUAAUCCCGUGUACAAGAUGCGUCCAGCGAGGAAUCGGACACUUGUGCAGCCGAGAGACUGUUCAGCUCAGCGGCAGAAAUAGACGACAUGUCGGCGAAAUCAAGUUUCUCACCAGCAUGGCCGACAAGCUAUCGAACAUGCCUCCUCUGAUCACGCGAACAAGCGUACUCAACAUAUUGCAUGAUCGCAUUAGUAUUCUCGAAACAGGAGUUAGCAGCGAGGAACUGAGAUCCUCACUGCCUCCGAACAGUGAUAAUCCUGAAGAACAAGCCAGUCCUCCAGGUGACUUUGACGCAGCGAAUAUGACGGAGAUCAACCUUCCCAGACUGACCGAGCAAGACACCUCACAGUCGACGAUCACGAUCGAUGAUGUUGCAUGGGGAAGGCAGUCGAAACGUAUUUUUGCCACAAACAAGAACAACGUGACACUUCCAGCACUCCCAAGAAAGCUUUCCUACGAUUCAGAACAGGACUGGGAGUUGCCUACAGAGUCACAAGCUCGCGUACUGGUAGCCUUCCACACUGAGUAUCUGUGCUGGUUACACAAUACCUUAUAUACGCCAGAUUUUCUCGAUGCAUGUGAGGCGUUUUGGAAGUCGGGCAUUACAGAUCACCCUUUAUGGUUUGGGUUGUACCUCUCAAUCAUGAGUGUUUCAGCUUGGUGUCUGCCACCGCACCUAGCUUCAGAACUAUGGCCACAAGGGGAUCAGAAGAAACAAGCGACGAAAUGGUAUUCUGGCAUGAUCUACGUGCUUUACUCCAAUGACUUCAUUGGGCAACAUUCACUGUAUUCGAUUCAAGCCAUUGUUAUAUCUAAUUUGGUCUCUUAUGUGCUAGGGCACAGCGACUUGCAAACCGUGUUGAUAGCUACGGCGAUAAGGAUAGCCCAGUGCAUGGGCUUGGAUCGACAAAACCCAGAUGAGCCACCGGCUGAUGCCAGAUCCCCCUAUAACGGUGACUUGAGUUCAUGGAAAGCCCGAGUCUCUAGCCAGACAGCCCGCCGAAUCUGGUGGCAGUUGAUCAUACAAGACUAUUUCGAGAUUGCAUUCGCAAACAAUUACAUCGUGCGGCGAGAUCGAUUUUGCACCCCCAUGCCGACAAAUUGUGAUGACCACGACCUCAUGGAGCAGCCAGAAUCAGUGCCUACGGUAUCCUCGUACUGCAUUGCUCUUGCGAAGAUUGCAUGUUUGAUGCCCUCACUGGUCGACAAGCUGAAUUCGAACCUCGACCAACAACCCAUCGAGGAUCGAUAUCCGCAUGUCCUUGAGAUGGACUUAAAGAUGAGAGAUCUCGUCUCGAGUCUUCCAGCUUUCUUAAAAAGAACCGAGCCUGAAGACCCGGCCUGGCCAACAUGGGUGAGCUGGGCAAGAUCCACCUUGACAAUAAGUGCAGCCGACAAGAUUAUCAUGAUACAUCGGUCUUUUAUGAUUAAGAGCUUUCGUGAGUCCCGAUACACCUACACGAGAGUGACAUGUGUCUCGGCCGCAUUGACGAUCUUACGCGAAUACGACCGUAUCAAGCACAGCAAUGUUGCCAGUGUGUGGGUGGUUCCGGCCUUCACAAUCAGUGCUGCUAUCAUAAUUAUGUUGGAUCUACUUCACAAAUCGGUUACGGACGAGACAACACUUGCCCGCAGAGGGAUGGUACAGAGCGUCGUUACCAACCUCGAACAGGACAAGCACAAUGUCAUGGCAAUGCGGGGCUCCAAGCUUCUCAGAGCGCUUCUUAACCGAGAAAUCGAGAUGCGUGAAGCACAGGUCAGUCCGCAGGAUGAUUUCCACUGCAGUUUUGACAACGAAAUAUUCGGGCCGCCACCGCAGUUUGCACCCAACAUUCCUGGAGAUGGGGAAGAUGGUAGUCUGCCAUUCCAGUAUGGAGCCUUCGAGAGUUGGUUUGAGGGCUCGGUGCCUUACUUUUCAAGUACCAGCAUGGAUCUUCCAUACUUUGAAGGCUUCCAUUAG